GCCUGUGCUUGCGCGUGGUCGGGUCGGUGUCUUCCUUUUGAAAUAAACUCCCCCAAGUGUAACGCGAGUGGGGCGUUGGGUACGUUUUAAACGCCCGCAGGAUCUCUCGUCCCGACAACCCCCGCCGCUGUGGUCGGAGCGAAGGCCGGGAGGGACCGCGGCGGCCCGCCCCUCCGCGCCUCUGCGGGGAGGACCAGCCUUGUGUCCGCGCGGGGCCGGGAGCGACACGAACUGCACGUGUUUCUGCAGAAAAUAAACAGUCAGUCUUCAGAUGGAUUUCAAAAUUGAACACACUUGGGAUGGUUUUCCAGUGGGCCACCAGCCAGUGUCUGUCAGGCUAAGCCCAGGUGAGGGAGGCGUGGUGAUGGAAGUCAGUGCUCCAUUUUUCAAUGACCCUCCAGCCCCACUUGGAGAACCCGGAAAGCCUUUUAAUGAGCUGUGGGAUUACGAAGUCGUGGAAGCAUUUUUCUUGAAUGAUGUAGCUGAGCAGUAUUUGGAAGUUGAACUUUGUCCCCAUGGACAGCAUUUGGUGCUUUUACUGUCUGGAAGAAAAAAUGUGUGGAAACAAGAACUCGCUUUAUCAUUUGAAGUGUACAGAGGGGAGACAAAAUGGGAAGGCAAAGCUUUUCUUCCAUGGAGUUACUUUCCACCGAAUGUGACAAAGUUUAAUUCGUUUGCAAUCCAUGGGUCAAAAGAUAACAGAAGUUAUGAAGCCCUUUACCCUGUACCUCAGCAUGAAUUCCAACAAGGACAAAAACCUGACUUCCAUCGUCUAGAAUAUUUCAAGCCUUUCAGUUUUAACAUGCUCCUUGGAGAAGAAUGGAAGCAGCCAAAGUCAGACAUAUGGCUAAUGAAGAAAAUUGAUGUGCAGGAAUAUAAUAGAUAACCACACCAAUCAUUUUAAAGGAAAACAUAAAUAUAAUCGCUGUUAAGACACCAUGAACAAAUUCCAGCAAAAAAUAUUU